AUGGCCGUCCGCAAGAAGGUCGAAGCCUUACUAAAACUCCCCGGAAAUAAUGAAUGCGCCGACUGCACGGCGCCCAAGCCCAACUGGGCGAGCGCGUCGUGCGGCGUCUUCGUCUGCUUUAACUGCAGCGGCCUGCACCGUGGGUUAGGAACCCACCUGUCCUUCGUUAGAUCGGUGAACCUGGACGAGUGGACGGAAAAACAAUACAAGAAGAUGAAGGAGUGGGGCAACCUCAACGCGAACGCGUACUUCGAGGCGCGGCUCGACAAGAAGAAGCCCGACCAGCACGCGAGCGUUAACGAGAUGAACCGCUACAUCAGAGACAAGUACGAGAUGGGCAAGUGGGUGCCCGACGGCGGCGAGGGCGAUCCACGACGGGGCGGCAAGCCCUCACGGUCGCCGCGGGCCGCCGCGCCGGAGCCGACGCCCGAGCCCCGCAAAGCUGCGAAGCCGCGCGUCAAGGUAUCGAGCCGCUCGAAACCGAAGCCCGCGGCGGCGCCGGCGCCCGACUUAUUGUCCUUCGACGCGCCGGCGCCGGCGGCGGAGCCGGCCUUCGCGGCCUUCGGCCAGGCGCCGCCGCAGCAGCAGGCGCCCUUCGACGCCUUCGGCACGCAAGCGACGCGCGCGGCGCCCUCCUCAUCCUUCGACGCGUUCGCCGGCGCGCCGGCCGCGCCGCCGCCGCAGCCCGCGCCGCCGCCGGCGUCGAACGACGCGAUCCUCUCCAUGUUCAACGCGCCGCCGGCGAUGCCGCGCGGCGGGCCCAUGCCCGGUGGCUUUCCCAUGCAGCCGGCGCCGUCGAUGCCGCCGCGGGGCCCGCCCAUGGGUUUUAGUCAGCCGCCGCGCCCCAUGGGCUUCGGCCAGCCGCCGAUGAUGCAGCCGCAGCAGGGCUUCGCGGCGUUCGGCCAGGCGCGGCCGCCUCAGCCGCAGCAAGGGAUGAUGAUGGCGCGGCAGAUGCCACAGCAGAUGGGCUUCCCGCCGCAACAGCAGCAGCAGAUUGGCAUGGGGAUGGGCUACGCGCCGCGGCCGCCGAUGCCGCCGCAGAUGGGGAUGAUGGGCGGCGGCUCGAUGCCGUCGCCGAUGAUGUCGCCGCGCGGCAUGAUGUCGCCGCGGGGCAUGAUGGCGCCGCCGCGGCCGCCGUCCUCGAUGCCGCCGAAGCAGGACUCCAUGCCCGGCGGCUUCGGGCCGAACGGCUUCACCUUCUAGGUUUCGCUCUCUCUCUCGUUAACUUCCAAGUUAGUGUA